CGGACUGUCGGCUAUAAAACACAACAAAUCAUAAAGUGCAGGCAGGGGAAGGCAGAGGAAGGAGGACGGGAGGGAGAACCGUUAGCCGUUAGCCUCCUUCUACUCCUCCUUCUUCUUCAUCGCGUGAACGUUGUUGUUGUGUUUGUUUCGUGCCCUCCUGUCCUCCCCUCUCCUCUUCUUCUCCUCUCCUCUCUUCUCCUCCGUCUCCUCUCCUACUUUCUCCCGAUGAGUUCCUAUUUUGUCAACUCCUCUUUCCCGGUGACACUACCGGGAACGGGUGCUGGCGGGCAGGCGGCGGCGGAGUCAUUCCUGGGUCAGAUCCCGCUCUACUCGUCGGGAUACGCCGCCGACCACCCGCUCCGGCACUACUCGGGGGCAGCAGCCGUUACCGCCGCCGCGGCCGUGGCGUAUGGCGCGAGCGGCGGCGGCGUGCACCAGGAGAAACCGUACUCGGCGUCCACUUACUACCAGCAGGCUGCGAACGGAGCGUACAGCGGGCACCGGGCGGCGCCAGGGGUCGGUGUAGGGGGCGCAACCGGGGCCGGUGCCUGCGAUUAUGCCACGGCAGCGGCGGCAGCGGCGGCUGCAGCUGCGGCCACGAGCUUCUAUCGGGACAAGGAGCACCCGUGCAGUCUGGAAGAGCAUCAGCUCGCGCUGAGCCAGGAAGGCAUGCACCGUAAAGCGGAGUGCGCGGGGCUGAGUGGGAAAGGGAUGUUCGGUGAAACGAUGGACGACAAGCUGCCGGCAUCAGCCCCCAUUUACCCGUGGAUGCAGCGGAUGAACUCGUGCAACGGGACCUUCGGCAGCCCCGGGAGGCGCGGGCGGCAGACGUACACGCGCUACCAGACCCUCGAGUUGGAGAAGGAGUUCCACUUCAACCGGUACCUCACGCGGCGGCGGCGGAUCGAGAUCGCGCACGCGCUCUGCCUCACUGAGCGGCAGAUCAAGAUCUGGUUCCAGAACCGGAGGAUGAAGUGGAAGAAAGAGAACAAGCUGAUUAACUCCUCUUCCUCCUCCUCCUCUUCCUCCACGGUGAACGGGACAGAGGAAGAGGAGAAACGGACGGAGUGAAAGAGGAUGGGAAAGACUGAUAAAAAAAAGAGGAAGAUGGAGGAAAAGACAUGCUGGUUAAUCCCUUCCCCUUCCCGUCUCAAAGUUCGUCGAGACGUUUGUCUGAUGUGAAAACUCUGGGAAAAAGUAGCCUACAUUUAAUUUAAUUUUAUUUUUUUACCU